AUGGCGUCAGUAGCGCCAAGGUGUUUCUGUAAGGACAAAAAAGAGAAAUUUAUCGAUCUCGAUACAGCAUCGUCUCUUGAAUUACAAAAAAUCGUUGAAGCACUUAGUUUUCCUGGAAAAGGUUUAUUAGCUAGUGACGAAUCGCCUACGAAUUUAAAUGAUCAAUUUGAAGAAUUUGGAAUAGAAAAUACAGAAAAUUUUCGACGAGAUUACCGACAGAUGUUAUUCUCUGCUAAUAAGUAUGAAUUAAUGAAAUACAUAAGCGGUGUUAUAUUGCAUAAUGAGACACUUUAUCAAAAAACAACCGAUGGCAUCAGUUUUGCUGAGUUUCUUCAACAGAGGAACAUCGUGCCAGGUAUAAAAGUUGAUAAAGGUUUGAUUAAUCUUUCUGGUACCAAAAAUGAGUCAACGACAGAAGGCUUGGACGAUUUAAAGGAAAGAUGUAUGCAAUACAAACGAGAAGGUUGUCACUUUACCAAGUGGAGAUGUGUUUAUUCAAUUUCAGAAACGAAACCGAGUCAAUUGCUUAUGUCGGUAAAUGCGAGCACGCUUGCAAGGUAUGCGACUAUAUGUCAAAGUGCUCGUUUGGUACCGAUUGUGGAACCAGAGAUAUUAUCUGUCGGAGAACAUAGUAUAGAAAAAGCUUUACAAAUUCACGAAGAGGUACUGUCUAUUGUAUUUAGAGCUUUAAACGAACACAGAGUUUAUCUAGAGGGUAUGAUCCUGAAACUCGCAAUGGUAUUGCCGGGUGUUAAAGAUACAAACUACACGUCGCAAAUCGUAGCCGAUUAUACUUUGAAAGCGUUACAAAGGACGGUGCCUCCGGCCGUACCAACGAUUUUAUUUUUAAGCGGUGGACAGACCGACGAAGAUCCGAUAUUAAAUUUGAACGCAAUAAAUACGUCAGAAGGGAAAAAACCAUGGACUUUGAGUUUCUGUUAUGGUCGCUACUUACAAAACGAAGCUAUGAAAAUUUGGAAAGGAAAAGUAGCGAAUGUAGAAGCAGCUCAGUCAGUAUUUCUGAAGAAAGCUAAAUUAUGCUCCGAGGCAUCACUUGGAAAAGUCAACGUACAAGACCAAUGCCAAUAAAAUAAUCAAUGAAAAAAUAUUUAAUAUUUACGGAUAAUCAAAGAUGAUUAUAUUGACGAAAAUAUAUAUUGACGAAAUUGCAAGACCAAUUAAAUUAAACGAUUGGAUGAGUGCAAUUUUAUCACUUUAUUUUUUCAACAAAAAUGUAUUAUAUUUAUCUAUUAAACAAGAAAAACAGUGAACGGUUAUCGGAAUGACCUGCCUUUUGAUAUGAAAUCUGGAAUCAUUAAUGUAAAAAAGUAGAAUAAAUAUAUUUCGU